GCGCGGCGGCCGGCUGAGGGCGGCGCGGGCCGGGGCGGGCGCGGGGCGGGUCGGCGCCUUUGUGUGAGCCGGGCCGGGAUGGUGCGGGGCGCCGGGCGGAGCCCCUUGCCCUGCCAGUUCCGCGGAUGAAAGCGUGAAGGCCGAGCUGACCGGGAGAAGGGCCUCUUGAGCAGCUGCUAAGAUGGGCAUGAGGAUCAAGCUGCACAGCACCAACCACCCCAACAACCUGCUGAAGGAACUCAACAAGUGCCGGCUCUCCGAGACCAUGUGCGACGUCACCAUCCUGGUGGGCUCCCGCUCCUUCGCCGCGCACAAGGCCGUGCUGGCCUGUGCUGCUGGCUACUUCCAGAACCUCUUCCUCAACACGGGGCUGGACGCCGCCAGGACCUACGUGGUGGAUUUCAUCACGCCAGCCAACUUUGAGAAGAUCCUGAGCUUCGUGUACACCUCGGAGCUCUUCACCGACCUCAUCAACGUGGGUGUGAUCUACGAGGUGGCGGAGAGGCUGGGCAUGGAGGAUCUGCUGCAGGCUUGCCACUCCACCUUCCCCGACCUGGAGAGCUCGGCCAUCACCAAGCAGCCUGCCCUGUGUGUGGGGGAAGGCCGGGCUGGGCCGCUGGGCAGCACCUCCUCGGAGCAGAGCCACCCCUUGGGGGACGUGCGGAGCGGCGCCGAGCACUUCGGCCCCGAGCGGAGUUACCUCCUGCACGGGGACGUGGUGGGCAGCUACAAAGAGGAUGACAGGAGUGCUGUGGCUGAGGCCAGCCAGGCUCUUCCCCUGAUGCACCCACAGCAGCCUCCCAAGACAGAGCAGGAGUCGGAUGCAGGGCAGUUUGCUCCGGUUGUGGGUCUGGGGGCCCAGCCCGGUGGGAAUGUCGUGGCACAGAGCACAGGCAGCUCCUGCCCGCAGUACAAGGCCCAGAGCAAUGGUGACUACAGCAAGGGCGGCUUCUUCCCCGCUGACCCCUCCCUGGAUGUGUCCACAGGGAGCAAUUCCUGCCCCAGCAACAGCGACCACUCUAAAGAGCAGGGCUUCGAGCAGAUGGAUGAGCUGCAGCUGGAGGAUUUGGGAGAGGCUGAGCUGCAUUUUGAGGAUGCUGGAGAAGAGCUGGUCCCGUCUGAGGAGGUGAUUGAGCUGAGCGAUGACAGCGAGGAGGAGCUGGCCUUCGAGAGCGACAGCCGGGACAGCAAGGCCAUGCCCUGCCAGGUGUGCAAGAAGGUUCUGGAGCCCAACAUCCAGCUGAUCCGCCAGCACGCCAGGGACCACGUGGACCUGCUCACAGGGAACUGCAAGGUGUGUGAGACCCACUUCCAGGACCGCAACUCCAGGGUGACUCACGUGCUGUCCCACAUCGGCAUCUUCCUCUUCUCCUGCGACAUGUGCGAGACCAAGUUCUUCACCCAGUGGCAGCUGACGCUGCACCGGCGGGACGGGGUCUUCGACAACAACGUCAUUGUCCACCCCAGCGACCCCCUGCCAGGCAAGGUGGCCGUGUUUGGGGGAGGGCCCGGCCCUGAGCUGGCCUGUGCUGCCUGCGGGAAGCCCUUGGCCAAAGAUUUCCACACGGUGAGGAACCACCUGCUGGAGCACGUGAACCUGAAGAGCCAAACGUGCGGCGUGUGCGACCAGCGGCACCUGAGCCUCUGCAGCCUGCUGUGGCACGCCCUGUCCCACCUGGGCAUCUCCGUUUUCUCCUGCUCCGUCUGCGCCAGCAGCUUCGUGGACCGGCAGCUCCUGGAGAAGCACCUGGCCGUGCACCAGCACGUGGAGGAGGCUCUUUUCCAGUGCCACUUCUGCAGCCAGAGCUUCAAGCUGGAGGCUGCUUACCGCUACCACGUCAGCCAGCACAAGUGCGGGGGCAGCCUGGACAUCCGGGCGGGAUUCGGGGAGCGCCUGCAGCCGCAGGGGCUGCCCAAGAGGAAGCUGCCCGAGGAGUUCCUGAGCGAGGAGCUGGCCCUGCAGAACCAGCCGGGGAACAGCAAGUACAGCUGCAAAGUGUGUGGCAAGAGGUUUGCCCACACCAGCGAGUUCAACUACCACCGGCGCAUCCACACCGGCGAGAAGCCCUACCAGUGCAAGGUGUGCCACAAGUUCUUCCGAGGGCGUUCCACCAUCAAGUGCCACCUGAGGACGCACUCGGGGGCCCUCAUGUACCGCUGCACGGUGUGCGGCCACUACAGCUCCACGCUCAACCUGAUGAGCAAGCACAUAGGGGUGCACAAGGGCAGCCUCCCGCCGGACUUCACCAUCGAGCAGACUUUCAUGUACAUCAUCCAUUCCAAAGAGGCCGAGAAAAACACGGAUAGCUGAUGGGGCGCUGCCGGAGGAGGAGUGGUGAUGAUGGAGGCUGUGGAGGAGGAGGAGGAGGAAAGGAAAAACAAACAAACAAACAAAAAAAAAAAGUUGUUUCGUUUUAUUUAAUGGUCAGGCAUCAUGGAUGGAAUUCUUUUUUUUUUUUUGGUUUUGGUUUAAUUUUUGGUUUUUGUUUUUGGGCCUUCCUAGGGCUUUUUAGAUUGGUGGCGUUGUACAAAUUAACAGCACGUGAGGUACAUCACUGUUUCAAGGAGUCUGUCGUGUUUACUUACCUCUGGUCCUGGUAGAGGCCAUCGAGUUCUGUGCUUUUAGCAUUUCUCACUAGUUUUUGAGUCUAGAUUCUAUUUUUUUUUUUUUUGAACCUUUUAGUCCACUUGACCAGGCUAACCCUGAGCUUGUCCACAAACUGAUGCUGCUAAGAUUUUCACACCUGACCUCAGUGGAGAGGGACAGAGCCAGAGCAGGCGCUGGACUCGAAGGAAAGGAACAAAAAAGAGAAAGAAAAAAAAGGAAAGAAAAAGACAUUCUGGGCAUCCCUGGUGUUGUGCUGCUACUGCCAGGAGACAGGCAAAGUGUGCUCUGGCUGCAUUGCUGGGGAGAGGAGCAGGAAGCACCUGAGUGUGUAAACAAGGAGGGAUCCCAGCAGGGAACCAGGAGCAGGGGAUUCAGAUUCCCAGAUUCCCAGGCUCUGCCGUGGCUGGGACUCACUCGUGCCCUGAGACCUGGAGGAGGAGCUGAAGGAGCAACAGGACCUCCCUGCAGAGCCUGGGUGGAGGUGGCUGUGUGAGCGUGGAGAUCUCCUGGAGGACUUGGAGAGGGAAGGGAGGCAGGUCCCUGCUCCUUGUGGGGUGAUUUGUGGUGGCCACAGAUGAGCCAGGAGUGUCCUGGCUCUGCUCUGCCCCAGCCUCACGCUGUGCCCUGGGCAGAGGGUCGGGAUGAAGCUGUUGCCUUAAACUCCCUGGAAGGAGGAGAGACCCUUCUCCUGCCCGAGGGAUCCCCCUGCCACGCCCUGAAGGUGUUCCCGUGUGUGGUUGGAGUGAUGUGAGUUUGUUCAUGGAGGGAGAGGGAGCCACAGCGAUGCCUUGGCCUCUCCAGCUGCAUGCUGGGCACUUCUGGGGGCUCCCCUGGGUGUGGGGGAUCCCCUGGGCAUAGAGGGGCUCCCUGGGCAUGGAGGGUCUCUCCUGGGUAUGGAGGGGUUCCCCUGGGUGUGAGGGGUCUCUCCUGGGCAUGGAGGGGCUCUCCUAGAAGUGGGGAGUUCUCCUGGGCAUGGAGGGUCUCUCCUGGAUAUGGGGGGCUCUCCUGGGCAUGGAGGGGCUCUCCUGGGCAUGGAGGAUCUCCCCUGGAUAUGGGGGGCUCUCCUGGGCAUGGAGGGGCUCUCCUAGGAGUGGGGGUCUCCCCUGGGCAUGGAGGGGCUCUUCUGGGUAUGGAGGGGUUCCCCUGGGUGUGAGGGGUCUCUCCUGGGCAUGGAGGGUCUCUCCUGGGUAUGGAGGGUCUCUCCUGGGUGUGGAGAGGCUCUGCUGGGCAUGGAGGGGCUCUUCUAGGAGUGGGGGUCUCCCCUGGGCGUGGAGGGGCUCUCCUGGGUAUGCAGGGGUUCCCCUGGGUGUGGGGGGUCUCUCCUGGGUAUGGAGGGUCUCCCCUGGGCGUGGAGGGGUUUUCCUGAGUGUGGAGGGGCUCUCCUGGGCAUGGAGGAUCUCUCCUAGAAGUGGGGAGUUCUCCUGGGUAUGGAGGUGUUCUCCUAGGAGUGGGGGUCUCUCCUGGGUGUGGAGGAGCUCCCCUGGGCAUGGAGGGGCUCCCCUGGGUGUGGGGGGCUCCCCUGGGUGUGGGGGAGCUCUCCUGGGCAUGGAGGAGCUCUCCUGGACACAUGUCAGGCUCUCCUGGGCACAGGGAGCUCUCCUGGGCACAGGGAGCUCUCCUGGACACAUGUCAGGCUCUCCUGGGCACAGGGAGCUCUCCUGGGCACAGGGGGUCUCUCUUGGCCCUGUGUCACGUCCACCUCAGCACGGGGGGCUCUCCUGGCCACUCCUGGGGGUCUCUCCUGGCCACCCUGGCAAGGUACCAGCAGUGUUAACACUGGGAAGGGCAUGGAUUGGCUUCUCCCUGUGUUUUCCAGCUGUGGGGCAGAGGUGGGCAGGAACAGAUCAUUCCAAGCUGGGAUUGCCCUCGGGUAACUCAUUCUACCUCACAAACAAGGAAGUGCUCGGGGCUCUCCAGCCUCGGUGGUCGUGGAUCAGCUCCUGCACUUCUGUCAAGUUUUACUGUUAAAACUAAACUAAAAAACUAAACUAAACUAAACUAAACUAGUGAUUUGCAAACCCUGGAAACUCACCCUGCUGCCCCCUCCCUGUGAAGGGACACCCAGGAGGGGACACCCAGGAGGGGCCAUCCUGCAGUGGGGGCUGGCCUCAGAGAGCUCAGAGCACCCGGGGGUCUCUCUUCCAUCUCCCCCGUGGCCUUGGGCAAGUCACUCACCUGUUUGCCUCAGUUUCCUCAUCUGUAAAAUGAGGGUGGUACCUCCCGUGGUACCGACCUACCUCCGGGGGCAGGGAGGGUGCCUGGAGCCGGGCUUGGGAGGAGGGGAGGCCCCAGAGCCAAGGGCAGCUCGCUCUGAGUUCUGAGCUCCAGGCUCGUGGUCAUCACUGUGGGGCCGUGUUGGGUUUUACAAGAGAAAAGGGGAAUUUUGGGAACGCCGUGGUGCUCUGGGCAGUGGUGGUGCUUUGGUGUGGGCACCUCUGAGCUGCUCUCUGGGUUUGUUUUGUGGAGUUGUGGGAGGGAUGAGGCUGGCAGGGACAUUUGGGGGUCACCCAGUCCCACCCCCUGCUCGUGCAGGGUCCCCUCGAGCGUGGAACUCAGGGCUGGGCCCAGCUGGGGACAGGGACAGGGACAGGGACAGGGAUGGACAUGACCUGCACUGCUCUGGAGGUGGCUGUGAGGGAAAGACAGGGCUGGGAGAGCCUGGAGAACCCUCCUGGAAUGUUCCAGAAGCCGUGGUGAGCUUCAGGGAGGCUCCGCAGCCCUGCAGCUUUUCACUGAGCUGGAAAGCAAAAGCCUUUUGUGCACAUAAACCAAAAAGAGAAGCUUUUACACCGAAACACCAACGGGCACAGCCAGCCCUGGGGGUGGGAAAUGCAGGAGCCCCCCAUUGCUGCUGGCUCUGAGCCUGGGAAUUUCAGUUUGCCUGGGUUAAAAUGGAUCAUUCCCCCCUGGAACACCCCAAACCUGCAGUGGAGGGGCUGCAGGGGCGGGUCUGGCCCUGCUGCUGCUCCUGGGGUUGAUUCCCAGAGACCUGGGUGGGGGUCCUGGGUGUUCCUGAGCCUUUGGGGUGGGCAGGGAUGUCACCCCUGUCCCCAGCCUGGCAGCUCCAGCUCGGUGUUGGCAGAGCCAGAGCAGAGCUCCAUUCAGAUUUUGUUCCUUUUCCACCACCUUGGCUCUCUCCUGCCCUCGGUGGCUGUGGGGACACCGAGCUACCUCCCCUGGGGCAGCCCGAGGUGUUUGCAAAGUGCUUUUGGGAUCCUGGGGUAGCAGAGGGGAAAUUCUGGCAGCAUCCAGGUCAUGGGAAUUCCCUUGGGAGCGCAGGGAAUCCUGCUCCAAGCCCAGGCUCACUGCCACCCCCACCACAAAAUUCACUUUCCCUGUUCUCAGUGGAUCCAGGUCUGUCAUCAAGAGUGACUGAGAAAAAGAAGAAAGAAAAAAAGAGUUGAACUUGCUGUCUAACCUUUUUGUUAAGUUAAUCGUAGGUACUGACCUCCUGCUAUUUAAGUGUUUACUAUCUAUUUGCUGUAAAGUUUUGUAUAUUUUGUAAACUUCUCCCUCCCCCCCCAAAUCGUAGAUGUCUAAAAUCGUUGUACAUCGGGUUCUUUUCUACUCCAUUGUUCAGCACAAAGUGUGGUUUUUAUUUAGAAUAAUAAAAUGGAAAACAUUGA